UUAUCCCCCUCGUCAGGUUAAAGUCAAAAUCAUAUUUCAGCGCAGCAGCGGAUAAACUUGCAAAGCAAAACACAUGAGCCGUUGUGUAUCAAAUAAAACUGUAGGAGGCGCUGGGAAUGUUGAUAGUCCAAUGAAAGAGUAUGACGUCGUGACGUCAUCGCAACGCCCACUUCCGGCUUCCGGGGUAGCAGGAAAACAGCAGCGCAGUGCAGCAGAGAGAAGCAUCACCAUGGGCAAAAGCUGCAAGGUGGUGGUGUGUGGCCAGGCCGCAGUCGGUAAAACAGCCGUCCUGGAGCAACUACUCUACGCCAACCAUGUUGCGGGUUCGGAGCCCAUGGAGACCCUGGAGGACAUUUACAUCGGCUCCAUCGAAACGGACCGCGGCACAAGGGAGCAGGUGCGCUUUUAUGACACCCGCGGGCUCCGCGAUGGCAUGGAGUUCCCUCGCCACUACUACAGCUUCGCCGAUGGAUUUGUGCUGGUCUACAGCAUCGACAGCAAGGAGUCCUUCAAGCGCAUGGAGGCCCUCAAGAAGGACAUCGACCGGCACAGAGACAAAAAGGAGGUGACUAUCGUGGUUCUGGGCAACAAGCUGGACAAGCAGGACGAGAGGAGGGUGGACGCCAACAUGGCGCAGAACUGGGCCAAGAACGAGAAGGUGCGCCUGUGGGAGCUGUCGGUGGCGGACCGCCGUACGCUCAUCGAGCCGUUUGUGUACCUGGCCAGCAAAAUGACGCAGCCGCAGAGCAAGUCUACCUUCCCCCUCAGCAGGAACAAGAACAAGGGCAGCGGUCCGACAGACGGCUGAACGGCGGGUCCGUUCAUACCUACCAUUUCUUUUAUUUAUGUACAACGAACUGGAUUUGCAUUAGAUGUCACAUCAAGGCUCUGCUAACACACUUGGGAUUAUGUCAUCAUCCAAAUUUAGAUUUCUAUGACUUUCCACAUAGAUAAUGAUCGUUUUCAUCAAUCAUAAGAAUCAAUGCAUUUGCAUGUAAUCCAAGAUGGCUGCCCUUGUGUCCUAUAUAGCAAGGUAAACUGCAUGGAUGCCCAGAAAUACCAGUAAAUAUACCACUGGUUGUCAUGGAGAUUUGUUACAUUUGGGGGCCACAUUGAAGCAACUCCUGUUUCUCUUCAAGUCAAGUCAAAUGUGCGUUUGUUGUUAUAACUUGUAUAAAAUGUCUUACUUUUAAAUUGUUCAACCAGUAUUUGGUGGCAUGUACAGUCAAAAAAUAAAAUACAUGUGCCUAAUUCCUUUAA